CCGGCCCCGGUGCCCUCGCAGGGCCGCCCGACUCAGCAGCCUCGCUGCCGCCAGAGCCAGCUCUUCAGGCCUGGACGCCGAGGCUGAGAGGCGGUGCGGCCAUGGACUUCUCCAAGUUCCUGGCGGAAGACUUCGACGUGAAGGAGUGGAUCAACGCGGCCUUCAGGACGGGUUCGAAGGAGGCGGCGGCCGGGAAGGCGGAUGGCCACGCGGCCACGCUGGUGAUGAAGCUGCAGCUGUUCAUCCAGGAGGUGAACCACGCGGUGGAGGAAACAAGUCACCAGGCUCUUCAGAACAUGCCCAAAGUGCUCCGCGAUGUUGAAGCCCUGAAACAGGAGGCGUCUUUUCUGAAAGAACAAAUGAUUCUUGUCAAGGAGGACAUUAAAAAAUUUGAACAGGAUACGUCUCAAUCGAUGCAGGUGUUGGUAGAAAUUGACCAGGUCAAGUCCAGAAUGCAGCUUGCGGCAGAGUCCCUUCAGGAAGCAGACAAGUGGAGCACACUGAGUGCUGAUAUUGAGGAGACCUUCAAGACUCAAGACAUAGCUGUGAUUUCUGCUAAGCUGACAGGUAUGCAGAACAGCUUAAUGAUGCUUGUUGAUACACCAGACUACUCAGAAAAAUGUGUGCACUUGGAGGCACUGAAGAACAGGCUGGAGGCCCUGGCCUCCCCGCAGAUUGUGGCGGCGUUCACCUCCCAGUCUGUAGAUCAGUCCAGAGUGUUUGUGAAGGUAUUUACUGAAAUCGACCGGAUGCCCCAGCUGCUCACCUACUACUACAAAUGCCACAAGGCGCAGCUCUUAGCAGCCUGGCAAGAACUGUGCCAGAGUGACCUCCCCCUGGACCGGCAGCUCACUGGGUUCUAUGACGCCUUGCUCGGGGCUUGGCACACGCAAAUCCAGUGGGCGACGCAGGUUUUCAAGAACCCCCACGAGGUGGUGACCGUGCUGCUGAUUCAGACUCUGGGGGCCUUGCUGCCCACUCUGCCCGACUGCCUCAGCACCAGCGUGGAGAGGGCAGGGCCUGAGCUGGAGCUCCUCAAGCUGCUAGAGUUCUAUGACACCACCACCCACUUUGCCAAGGGAUUGGAGAUGGCGCAGCUCCCCCACCCACAUGAGCACAACCUGGUGAAAGUCACGGAACUGGUGGAGGCUGUGUAUGCUCCAUACAAACCCUACCAGCUGAAGUACGGCGACCUGGAAGAGAAGAACGUCCUCAUCCAGAUCAGCGCUGUGCCGUUGGAGCAUGGCGAAGUCAUUGACUGUGUGCAGGAGUUGAGCCACUCUGUGAACAAGCUCUUCAGUCUGGCUUCUGCAGCCGUCGACAGAUGCAUCAGAUUCACCAAUGGCCUGGGGACCUGUGGCUUGCUGGCAGCACUGAAAUCCCUCUUUGCCAAGUACGUGUCCGAUUUCACCAGUACUCUCCAGUCAAUACGGAAGAAGUGCAAGCUCGAUGAUAUUCCUCCCAACUCACUCUUUCAAGAAGAUUGGACAGCUUUUCAGAACUCCAUCAGGAUAAUAACCACCUGUGGCGAGCUCUUGCGGCAAUGUGGGGACUUCGAGCAGCAACUAGCAAACAGGAUUUUGUCGACAGCCGGCAAGUACCUCUCUGACUCCUACAGCCCUCGGAGCCUGGCCGGGUUUCAAGAUAGCAUCUUGACAGACAAGAAGAGCUCUGCCAAGAACCCAUGGCAAGAAUAUAAUUAUCUCCAGAAAGAGAACCCUGCUGAAUAUGCCAGUUUAAUGGAAAUACUAUAUACCCUCAAGGAAAAAGGGUCAAGUAACCACAACCUGCUGUCUGCGUCUCGCACGGCCCUGACUCGGCUUAAUCAGCAGGCCCACCAGCUGGCUUUCGAUUCCGUUUUCCUGCGCAUCAAACAGCAGCUGCUACUUGUUUCCAAGAUGGAUAGCUGGAGCACAGCAGGCAUUGGUGAGACACUGACUGACGACCUGCCCACCUUCAGCCUCACGCCUCUGGAGUACAUCAGCAAUAUCGGGCAAUAUAUCAUGUCCCUCCCCCUGAAUCUUGAGCCUUUUGUGACUCAGGAAGACUCUGCCUUGGAGCUGGCCCUGCACGCUGGGAAGCUGCCCUUUCCUCCUGAGCAAGGGGACGAAUUGCCCGAGCUGGACAACAUGGCUGACAACUGGCUGGGCUCCAUCGCCAGAGCCACGAUGCAGACCUACUGCGACGUGAUCCUGCACAUCCCCGAGCUGACGCCUCACUCCACCAAGCAGCUGGCCACCGACAUGGACUACCUGAUCAACGUGAUGGAUGCCCUGGGCCUGCAGCCAUCCCGCACCCUUCAGAACAUCGUGACACUCUUGAAGACCAAACCUGAGGACUACAGGCAGGUCAGCAAAGGCCUGCCCCGGCGCCUGGCCACCACAGUGGCUAACAUGCGGAACGUGGACUACUGACCAUCUCCCCCCACGCCUGUACCUGGUUGAGAAGAGGCCCAGGGCUGGGGUUCAGGGGUCACAGCAGCUCUGCAGAAUAGAUUUGCUCAAAAAUUCUGCCUGGGAUUGGGAGGAUUCAUUUCCAAAAGACUUGGUUCAUUUGUAUAAUCAAAAAAAGGGUGGGGGGGUUAUAAAUUAGAGACAUAUUAUUUAUUAGAGCAGACUUUUCAGAUGAUUUUCUAAAUGAUCCGAUCUUGAAAAUGGAAUUGAUAAAUACCGUGAAAUGAAA